ACCUUGUCCUGCCAGUAGAACGAGUUUCCGCAGUCCACAGUCCAGACUCGCGUCUGCGAUUUUCUGUCCUUCUGCGUCCGCCAGUUGGGACUAUUUACAAUUUAAAUUUUUACCCCGCUUGACGAAAAUGGCACAAUUACCUUGAUGCUUGCAAUGAAUCUACUUGUAUUCUUUGUUGCGGUCGUGCAAAUGAACAGCGUGACGCCUGUCAUUCACACGCUCAAAUAUUUUACAACGGUGUCUCAAGUUGCAAAACUACCAGAGUUCUUGGAGACGGCGUAUGUUGAUGGCGUUCAGAUUCUGCAGUUUGACAGCUACCAUAGGGAAACGAAAGCAAUGCAUGACUGGGUGAACAAAAUCACAGAAGAUGAUCCACACUUCUGGGAGAGAGAGACGCACACCAAUAUUGGGAAUGAGCAGAUCAUGAAAGUCAACAUUGAAACCGCUAAAGAGCGCUUCAACCAAACUGGAGGUGUUCACUUGAUUCAGGUGAUGAAAGGCUGUGAAUGGGACGAUGAGACGGAUGAGGUUGAUGGUUGGGAGCACUACCAAUACGAUGGAGAAGACUUCCUGUCAUUUGAGGCAAAGACGAUGACAUGGAUCGCAGCACAGCCACAAGCUUUCAUCACCAAAAUCAAGUUGGACCAAAUUGACGGGCUUAAUAAAGUCAAGAAGAUUACCCACACGGAGGUCUGUCCUGAGCUGUUAAAGACACAUUUGAGCAACGGGAGGGACUUCCUGACGAGAACCGAACUUCCCACGGUGUCUCUCCUGCAGAAGACGCCUUCCUCUCCGGUCACCUGCCACGCCACGGGUUUCUACCCCAUUACAUCAUCCCUCUUUUGGAGGAAAAACGGUGAGGAGAUCCACGAGGACGUGGAGAUGGGGGCGACCCUCCCCAACCACGACGGAACCUUCCAAACCUCGGUCCACCUGAAAGUGGAGGUGACGCCCGCCGCGGAGCAGGAGUACGAAUGCGUGUUCCAGUUGGACGGCGUCCCGGAAGACAUCGUCAUCAAGCUGGACGCCGGAAGCAUCCUGAGCAACGCGCACAUCCGAGAAGAGGAAUACAGGAAGAAGGCGGUGCCCCUCGUUGUCCUGUCGAUGAUCCUCACUCUGGUGGUGAUGUCGGUGGUGAUGUUCCUUGCCAAGCGUCUCAAAUCCAAACAAGCAAUAUACGUUCAAGCUUGUAACGGGGAAAGCCGAAAGGAAAAAAAGAAGACUCUACCUUGUAUCAACAGGCUGCGUGCAUUCUGAUAUUCAACUGAAUGUUGAAGCCAAAGUACUAAUCAUCAAGGAGCUGGAGGAGCUGAGCAAAUACCAAUAAAACACACACCACGAAGGUAAACGCAAACCACAUUCAUGACAACGCCUGAUAACAAAAACACCUUAGGACUAGAAACCUUUGUAUAUACAGAACAUAAAUCACAGGACAUAGAAUAUGAUAUUGAUCCUGAUAACAACCUACUCAAUGAUAUAGGAAACAGCUGCAUUUACUACACAGAUGAGCACUAGAAUUCAACUUUCCAAUCAAAGCAUAAGAUAAGAUAAGAUAAGAGGAACUUUAUUAAUCUCACGUGUGAGAAACUGCAUGUAACAACAGCCCGAUUUACAGGAAGGUACAAGUAGGGGGGAUAAAGGUGCAAAAAGAGACUUCUGGACCGUAGUCCUCCGGCAUAAAAAAUAGAAUACAAUAUAAAAAGAAAAAUAUGGAAAAAUAACAACAAUUGUAGUAAAACUACAAAUAUAAGCUAUGAAUAUUUACAAAAAGAAGAUAAAAAAGUAGUGGUAAAGUGUCGUAAAGUGUAUGAAGUGUAUGCGUUUAGUAAUGCUAAUAAAAGAAAUAAAAGAAAUAGUGCAAUAGAAAUAGAUAACAUAUCAAUCAUCCACGUUUGGGUCUGCCGGGUCGGACCGACAUACCGUAUCAUUUGGCCUGUUGUUGCUCGUUCAUGUCUGUUCUUGGUGUUGGAUUUUGUCUAAUAAAUUUCCCCAAAAAUGCGAUUUAUACUCCGGACCAACCUAUAUAUGUUUUUUUUUUUUUUCACUUUAUUGUGCAUUUUAUGGCUAAUGCGACGUAUAUGCCAGAGUGAAUUUUAGUUCAAAAAAUAAGGUUUAUGUGUUCCAUUUUAUUGAUUUAGAUGUUGAAUUAUUAGUUUAAUGGAUUAAGUGAGAAAGGGGUAGGAAUCUAAAAAGCUAUGCUUCCUCCUACUCCUUUUCGAGCAUUCUUUAUGUAUUUUUUUUUUCAGUUUGUUGUUUUUUUUGUUUUGUUUUGUUUCAUGGACUUAGAUAUGGCACUCUAAAGUGAUAAUUGUUUUAUUUAUUUUUUCCCCUAUUUUUCAUAUUUUAAAUAUGUUCAAAAUAAAGAUAUAUCAAUCAAUCAAUCAAUGUCAAAUGUGAGAGAGAAUAUAAAAUAUAUAUAUACAUUGUGCAUAUACACUAGUUUGUCUCUAGUGGCAAAAAUGUUUUAUUUUGAAAUUGCUGAGAUUUACUUGGCAUCAGAAAUAAUGACAUCUCCAACACUUGUUUAGUGUUUUUAAAACAUUUAAAAAUGUAAAUGUGACGCGUGUAAAAUGUGAUAAAGUUUAUAUGGUUAGGGGUUUGAUUCACAAACAGCUCAUGGUCAUGCCUUUUUUGUUGUUUCUGCUGAUACGCUUCCAAUAAAACACUUUAGUGAUCUUU